AUGUCGUAUGUACCAGUUGGCGCUGGUAGAACAAGCCCUGACGUUGAAAACAUUGAAUUGACUGCGAAGAAUGACGGACAGACAGCCUACGGCUAUGCGCCGCCGCAAGGCCUGUUGCCUGAUGGAGACAUCAGAUACAGCGAUUCGAAAGCAAACUUUCCGCCUAGCAAGGUGGUCGACAACUGGCCGAUCAAAUCCCGACAAGUUGCAGCGUUGACGCCGCUGAGGGGGACGAUUCUUGCUUUCGAUAUUAUACUGGCAUCAUCGCCAUUGCUAUUCAUUGUUCUUGCCCUUAGGGUCGCCAGGUUGGACGGUAAAGCUCCUAGGGCGGACAACGACAAGCUCCAAGAGAUGCUGCUCUACACACCCACCAUAUUUCCUCUCCUUUUCGCGGCCUUGAUGGGACGGUUUUUUAGACAUUUUGGAAUUUGGCUUGCAGAGCGCGGGACCACUCUCGGACGACUCGAGCAACUGGUGGGCUGCCAGUCGGUAUUCCUGGCCAUCGAACGUCAGAUCUGUCUUCGCAAUUUCAGCACCAUAGGCGUGUGUUCGAUACUCAUUUGGCUCCUUUCGCCUUUUGGUGGACAGUCUGCUCUCCGGGUGCUUCGACAAGAGGAGCGUUAUCUCAACACAACCCAGGCGCUGCAUUACCUCGGGCCUUUGGACGUGCAGCAAACUACUAUGGGAGGUGCCAGCAUGGUCAAUAGCGGGCGAAGCACUUUCACGCCAUUGUUCCUCGCCGCGCUGCUCAGUAGCGGCGGUUUUCAGACCAACAGCGCAGACUUGUGGGGCAAUGUCAAACUUCCAUCGUAUCGAGCUAUCGAGAACAGCACUUCGAACGACUGGAAACCGGUCCCUGAUUACAAUCAGACAAAUGUUCGCUGGAGCUCCUUGAUUGGCAUUCCAGUGUCUGCUUUCAACGGAGAACCGUUCACUACGUACUCGAUGAAUCACUUUAAAAUCAGAGCGAGGCAGUUCGAUAUCAGCUGCUCAAACAAUAGCCGAGUCGCAGGAGAUUGGACCGAUUCCGUUAAUACAACCGUUCGCAGCACAUGGAUGAUGGAAACAGGCACUCAGCAACCCAGCUGCUCCAACAAUUCAACCGGAUGCCUCAUCAAAGCGUGUCCUUCCUAUCCAUGCCCGUUCAUCAGUAAAUCUUCUGCCAUUGAAGUCAAUGGGGAGGAGUUUACUUCUGUAGCGAACUGCGAGUACUUCUACGACUAUAUCGAAGCUAGCAUAGAGUGCAUUGCAUCUACAUGCAAAGCUACAGCCCUGCGCAAACUUGAUAUGUACACAGACGGCUACACCAAAGAGUGGGAACCUUACUUACUCGGAACCAUUAUGGCGACUCUUAUGAACACCAUGACGAGCGUCGACACCAUCGGCGUGUCAAGUGUCACGGCGCGUGGUGCGACAGUGAUGGAAAAAUGGAUGUAUGAUCCAACGGACUUCAUCGGCAGUCGCAUGUACGGAAAUGUCAACCUAUACGAACUCCCCGUGGAGACCUUCGCAGAACGAUUGACGAUACUGUGGAAUUCAUUCUUCCAGUCAACGUACGCUGCGCGCGCGCUCGCUGGGAAUUUGGACAAAGCAACGUCCACUAACAUGACCGGCGAAGACAACUCUGCGAUCGUGUUCAACACCACCGAGAGCCUUACUAGCCAGCGCAGAGACGUCUAUCGGGUCAACUGGAAGUGGUUCGGCGUCCUCCUGAGUUGCUCACUAGUACUUUUGUCUGCCGCAUGCGCUGGGCUGGUACUGAAGUAUCUAUCGAUUGCUCCGGACAUCAUUGGGUAUGCCAGCAGCUUGACGAUGCUCAGCCCGUAUGUACCGACACCAACAGGUGGCACAACGUUGCAUGGUUUGGAACGGACGGCGUUACUUCACGAUCUACCAGUCAGACUAGGCGAUGUCUGCCCAAAUGAGCCAGUGGGCGCUAUAGCGUUGGCGGCAAAUGACGGAAGAGUUGUGGGGCUGGAUCGAAGGAGAUGGUACAUCUAG